UACGAGUUCACGGGUGGGAAGUCACGGGUUUGACUGCCGUUCCAGAGCACUUUCACCGGUAGAAGGUUGUAAAAACACGAGUUACAGGCUGCCUGGAACGCAUAGGGUCGUGAGUCGUGGUUUUGAAGUCGUAACUCACGGGUUUAAAAACCUGCCUGGAACGCACCAUAAGCUGCUUGCUUGCGCAGGAGUCGUCACGUCAGUUGCUUCCUUAUAGCAAUGGCGACCGUCACGACCGAAUUAUUGGUAUCAACAAAACUUAGAGGAAUAUUACUAGUCGCAAUUUUUCAUUUCGUGUUAAUUCGACCGCUGACUGCUAUAUCCGAACCGGGUAUAUGGAUCCUAGACCUCGACAACGAAAUCUUAAAGAAGCAACAACACUUUUUGUUUCCCAAGACCAUGUUCAAUAACACUAACAUUGAACUGAAGUUUGUAGCGCUUAGUGAAAAGUGCAGCACCCCUGUAGAUCUGAAAAUAUCGUGGUAUUUGCGAAGUUCCCCUUGUCACGAUGAAGUGUUUGGACUAGAUACUGUAACGGCACCACAGUAUUUUGACAACGAACAUGUACUGCGAGAAGGAGGCACUGGCUUCUACAUAUCCCACAAGUAUUCUCCAAUAAAAUGCCAACAACACAUGAAAGGAAAUGUGUUUGGAGUUAAAGAUCCUUAUACUCCAAUAAAGUUGACUCCACUAGAACAGUUUCAGGCAACCCCAGAAGAAAAAGGCAGACGAAAGAGAGAUGAGAAAGAUGAAAACAAAGAUCAGAAACCGGCUGCUGCAAAUCCACAGACCACUGUAGUAAAGACCGAUUCUUUAUUACCAGUUACACUGGUGCACAAAACCGAAAGCACGGUGGCACAGACCUGGGAGGACAGUCCUUAUAUGUUCAUCAUCCACAUUGAGGGAGAUCAAUCUGCCACAGAAAUUCCAUGGAGCAUACAGCUGAAGGUCAGCAUGUUUGGCCCCUAUGAAUACAUCUCAGCAUCUGAGUGGCCGUUGAUGAUUUUUUACAUGGUGAUGUGCAUCAUCUAUGUGCUUCUGGGCGUACUUUGGUUGGUGCUCUCGGCUUGUUACUGGAGAGACCUGCUGCGGAUUCAGUUCUGGAUUGGUGGAGUGAUUUUCCUAGGCAUGCUGGAGAAGGCCGUAUACUACGCUGAGUUCCAGAGUAUACGUUAUGAUGGCCACUCAGUUCAGGGUGCUGUGGUUUUCGCUGAGGUGCUUUCAGCUGUAAAAAGAACCCUGGCACGAGUGCUUGUUAUCAUCGCUAGCCUUGGAUACGGCAUAGUCAAACCAAGACUAGGAGCAUUGCUGCACAGGGUGGUGGGAGUUGGACUACUCUAUCUUGUCUUUUCUAUCAUAGAGGGUGUCCUUAGAGUAAACACGGCUGAAGAUGACCUGGUGUUGCUGGCUGCAAUCCCUUUGGCUGUUCUCGACUCUACCCUCUGCUGGUGGAUCUUCAUAAGCCUGGCCCAGACUAUGAAGCUCCUUCGACUGAGGAAAAACUUGGUCAAGCUUUCCCUUUACCGACACUUCACCAACACACUCAUAUUCGCUGUCAUCGCUUCGGUUAUAUUCAUUAUAUGGACAACGAAGACAUUUAAGAUGUCCAAGUGCCAAUCUGACUGGAGAGAGCUUUGGAUAGAUGAUGCCUUCUGGCGCUUCCUCUUCUCCAGUAUCCUGCUUGUCAUUAUGUUCUUAUGGAGACCAUCAGCCAAUAACCAGAGAUAUGCCUUCACUCCACUGGUGGAUGAGGAUACAGAGGAAGAGGAGGAAGAACAGCUUGUGAAUGAAGCCUUUGAGGGUGUGAAAAUGAGAGGAAUGAAACCGGAGACCAACGGAAAUGUAAAGCCUAACAAAGUGGAUGAAGAUCUCAAAUGGGUCGAGGAGAAUAUUCCCUCUUCAAUGGCUGAUGUUGCGCUGCCGCCUCUGUUGGACUCAGAUGAGGAGAUAAUGACCACGAAAUUUGAGAUGUCCAAAAUGGAGUAGGUCUAUAAAGCUGUAUUGUAUUGUACAUAAUGUGUAUGUCGGUGCACAACUGCUUUAUCCCAAAUGUUUGAGAUUUUCAUAAGCGGUGUGUAAAUAUGUGGGAUGAUGAGGUAAUGCACUAAAGCACUCCGUUUUAUUUUUAAUUGCUUGUUUGUAUUUAUAUUUUCAAAAAGUAUGGUGUAAAAGUUUCUUAAACUUAACUGUAAAAUGCCUUUGAAUGUUGUAUACAUAUCUAAAGUACAAAAUGUGAUUAAAACUCUUUGGUUUGUGCAUAGUGCUUUUUCAGUAUGAGGCAUUUGCACAACAAUCCUCUUAUUAAUCAUAAAAAGAUAGGAAGGCAUGUAAGAUAAACACUCUUUUGUGGGUUUUCUUUCAUUUGUCAGUGUGCUUUCACAGAUUGAGUGCCUCACUGACCUACCUGAUGAUAUUUUCAGUAAAAGUGACCAUUAAGUGUCAUCUUGCUGGCUUGUAAACCAUUUAGCAGAUUGGCUUUCAGGGGAUUUUUUGUUUGUUUGUUUGUUUUAAAGCUCUGUGUGUUAUGGUCAGUACACACUCACCUGCUGUUUUGUGCAGUUAUGACUAGGGGAAUAUUAGUUUGCAGUGUUUUGACUGUGAACACUGACAGGGCAGAGAUGGUUGUUUUACCAGCUGAUUUUUAACACUUUUGUCAUACAGUUUAAUAUGUGAACAUUUAGUUAAUGCUAUAAAUAUACAGUGUUUAUUAUAUAAUGUAAAUUUAUGCAUAAUGACUUCAUAUAGACAAAUGAAUGUUAAUGUCUUAUGAUUAAACAUUAACAAUAUACAUUUAAUUUUAUGUAUAAACCUUCAUUAAUUUACACUAAUAAAUUUGCAUAAUUUUUUUUAUUUCAGGACAUCCAAUGUAUUAAGUCAUGUUAAUAAUUUUUUAUUUUAUUGUAAAGUGUGACCUUAAGAAACCCUUAAAAAAUAUUUGUUUUCUUUGACCCAGUUAAUCUCCUGACCAAAGAAAGAUCUUGCAAUAUGUGCAGAUGUCUGUUUCAUAUUUAAACCUUUUUAUAGCCCGGAGCAAACAAAGUGAUCACUGUUGACUCUUGUUAAAAUAUAACAAGAGAUUUAUUGCUUUGACAGUAUAAACCAAAGCCUGUAAAGUCCAUCUGGCUUUUGCUGUUGGUACAUAUUGAUUUAGUCUCAAAGCCACAUUCAUUGUCUUUUAUACGGAUUGUCAGUUUCACCUACUUGCCAAUACAGUCUGAAUAUCUGUGAGCCA